AUGGCUUCGGGCUUGACUGUGACUAUGGCGAAUCCUGCCUUAACUUCUGGUGAGCUGGCUUGGAUUCUCAAGUCUUCUGAGCCUCAGGUUGUCGUGACUACGCCAGAAGGUCUGCAGGUCCUCAAUGCAGCUAUAACCGAGAGUGAUAGUCCUAGGGUCAAGGCUAAUCUCAUCAAUACACGCCGUGUUUACAUCGUGGAUCCUGCUCAUGACGAGUACGGUCUUCCUUGUUCACACUCCAAGGGCACUGAUCUAGAUCAACACUCACAAGAUUGGAAGGCUCUGUUGGCGCCUAAACCGCUUAGGGCUCCUGUCCAAUUCAAGUCCAGCGAAUACAAAGAACGAACGGCAGUCAUCCUCUGGUCAUCGGGUACCUCGGGUAAAUCUAAGGGUGUCGUUUUGUCUCAUCAGGCUCUUGUCAGCAAUGUGCACUCACUAUGGCAUAUCAACCAAGCAUUCGAUGGGAACCAACGAUGGCUAGGCUUUGCUCCGUUCUACCACAUUUUUGCACUCUGCAAUGUCUUGCUUCUCGCGGUUGCAUCUGGAGCUACCAUCUUUGUUAUGCCGAAAUUCGACCCUAAGCUCAUGCUUAGCCACGUACAGCGCUUUCGCGUCACUUUCUUACACAUGGCCCCUCCAGUCGCUGUGCUGCUUGCUAAAUCGCCCAUGCUGGAUGACUACGACAUGACGAGUAUUCAAGGUGCCGUCAGUGGAGGUGCUCCUCUGCCAUCGGAAAUCGUCGAACAGGUCUACCGACGACUAGGUAUAUUGAUCAAACUGGUUAGUUCAACUCAACGUAUACCUGUGUGCCUGCCCUAA